AUGGGCCCUUCACUGCGCUAUACGACCCCAGCACACAGCCAUAAACAGAAGGGAUUGUGGGAGAGGAAAGUUACUGUAGCCAGAGCAGAGCCAGAUCAGAGCCAGAGAAGAGCCAGAGAAGAGCCAGAGCAGAGCCAGAGCAGAGUCGGAGCAGAGCCGGAGGAGAACCAGAGCAGAGCAGAGCCAGAGAAGAGCCAGAGAAGAGCCGGAGAAGAGCCAGAGCAGAGCAGAGCCAGAGCAGAGCCAGAGAACAGCCAGAGAAGAGCCAGAGCAGAGCCAGAGCAGAGUCGGAGCAGAGCUGGAGGAGAACCAGAGCAGAGCAGAGCCAGAGAAGAGCCAGAGAAGAGCCGGAGAAGAGCCAGAGCAGAGCCAGAGCAGAGCCAGAGCAGAGCCAGAGAAGAGCCAGAGCAGAGCCAGAGAAGAGCCAGAGAAGAGCCAGAGCAGAGCCAGAGCAGAGCCAGAGCAGACCUAGAGAAGAGCCAGAGAAGAGCCAGAGAAGAGCCAGAGCAGAGCCAGAGCAGAGUCGGAGCAGAGCCGGAGGAGAGCCAGAGCAGAGCAGAGCAGAGCCAGAGAAGAGCCAGAGCAGAGCAGAGUCGGAGCAGAGCCGGAGGAGAACCAGAGCAGAGCCAGAGCCAGAGGAGAGCCAGAGCAGAGCCAAAAGCAAAUGCAAUAUAG